UUUAAUGUUUUCAAUAUGGCUGCCUCCUCGAGUAGGACUGCCACUGUUAAACCGAGUGAUCAUUCUUCACCAUCUGAAGAAACAGGGGAGGAAUCGGAGUUUUGUCCGGGUUUUAAGGAUGUCGAUGCAUUUGUCAAGCACGGGCUGGGAGCGGUGGUCGCGGCCACCAAAGCGUCUGCAGCUCUUCCAGCAGCCGGGGAUGAGUUUGAUCUGUACCGCAGCUUCCCUGCCUUCCAGCAGUUCUGCGCUUCACAGGGAGACCAGCUCUUACACUGUAUGAGCCAGAUAAUGCAGCAUCAUAGCUGUCGGUCUCACAUGAGAGACAGGAACAGACUGACUGGGCUGGAGGACAGGUUUGACCUGGUGGUGGACUCAAACGAUGCCAUCCUUGAGAAAGUGGUUCAUGUUGUUUGUUGCAUGCAUCACGUGUUGUUCCUGCAGGUGUUUCACGGUGCCGACUCUGACAUCGAGUGGCUACAAAAGGACUUUGGUCUUUAUGUGGUCAACAUGUUCGACACCCAUCAUGCUGCGCGUUGCCUAAACCUCGGCCGAAACUCCCUUGACCAUCUCCUGAAAGUCUACUGCAAUGUGAACUCUGAUAAACGCUACCAGCUGGCAGACUGGAGGAUACGACCAUUGCCGGAUGAGAUGUUAAAGUACGCUCAGGCUGACACUCACUAUCUGCUGUAUGUGUACGAUCGAGUCCGGGCUGACCUGUAUGAUACGGGCAACGGCCAACCCACUCUCAUUCAGCAAGUCUGGGAUAAAAGCAGAGACCUCUCCCUCAAGAAAUAUGUGAAGCCUAUUUUUACGGAGGACUCGUACAUGGAGCUGUACCGCAAGCAGAAGAAGAGCUUCAACACACAGCAGCUGGCGGCCUUCAGACUGCUGUACGCCUGGAGAGAUAAACUGGCUCGAGAGGGAGAUGAGAGCACUGGAUAUAUCUUACCAAACCACAUGAUGAUGAAGAUCGCUGAGGAGCUUCCAAAGGAGCCUCAGGGCAUCAUCGCGUGCUGUAACCCCACUCCACCACUAGUGCGCCAGCAGAUCAAUGAGCUUCAUCAGCUUAUCAAACAGGCUCGAGAGACCCCUUUACUCAAGGCAGAGGUACUUGCUGAAAAGAGGAAAUCUAUGACCCCUAAAAGAAAGCCACAGACGACUUUAUUCGGACCGCACGAUACCUCCCGCUCGUCUGAAAGUGAUUUCCUGGACCUCUCCUCUUUUGAAACUCCAACCAAACCGGGAGUUUUGUUUUCAGAGGAGGAGGAUGAAAGUGUGAACCAAGAGGAAAAAUCCUUGCACGGCGUGAUAGCUUCAGCAAAAAUCUGCCUCUUUGCGGAGGAGGCAGCAGCAGCUCCCGCUCAUCUGACUGUGGCACAACAAAAAGCUCACAGCAUCAUGGAGUCCUUUGAGAACCCCUUCAGAAUGUAUUUACCAUCAAAGGAUAUUCACAUUUCCAAGAAUGCCAAGUAUGACCCCUCUUCAAAGAUUUAUGAGAUUCAUAACCGGUGGAAAUUACAGAGUGUUGAGCAGCAGCAGAAGGAGGCGCAGGAGAAACGGCAAGCUAAAGAACAGGCCAAGAAAGCUCAAGAGGAGCGAAAGAAAGCCAAACUGAGCUACCAGGAGUCGCUGCAAAACAUUCACACUGUCCGGCAGCAAGUAGCGGAAGCAAAGCAGGCUGGACAGAAAAGAGAGAGAGCCGCCAGUGAUGCUGGUGAAGAGAGUCUUAAACCAAAAAUGAAAGUCUCAAAGACUGAAAGUGAGGCUGAUCAGUCGACAAAACCUGCUCAGAAAAAAAAGAAACAGAAAAAAGUUCAAGAGCCUGAAGUUCCCGAACAAGACUUUAAACCUUUUGACUACAGCCAGUCAAAUUUGAAAAUAUUUGAUGGCAAAUCAAAAGAGAGUUCACAGUUUGAUCCAAACAGACAAGCACAUGGACCCAAGCAGAAGAAAAAAGGACAGAAGAAAAACGCUGUGGGAGGCAGGAGCAUGUCUUAUGUCCCUGCCAAAUCUGACCGAGGGUUUCGUCACAACUGGCCCAAGAGAUAGAAGUCUUCAACUGAUGACUGACCUUCGCCUAUUUGUGUUUUCCUUUUUAAAAGCGUUCUCAGUAACAUUGAUAUUUUUUGCAGACUGAAUUAUUUGUCAUGACUGUCUCAGUACAGAAUUGUGCUUGUACACAUUAAUUUGUGGUGUUUGAGCCGUCGUUAAAAUGAGAUUUUAAAAACA